AUGACGCCACUCAUUUUUACAGUAGAUAACCAAAUGGGUUUGUUGCCGAGAAGUAUUUUAGCCCUGGUUGCAAUAAUAACAAGUGCAGCAUCAACCGGUCUAAUAACAUUCCUAUUCGCCCCAUAUGCAACAAAAAUAUACAUUCCUAAACAAUCUUCGUCAUCCUCCUCCGAUAUCUCAUCCAUUACUUCAUCACCAAUCAUAACUAUUGACACACCACUAACCAUCGAGACACUUUCCUUUCUAGGCCGCAGAAUUCUAACCACCCUCCCAAUCCAAGCUCUUGCACCAUCAAAAAAAUUAUUCACCACCUGGGAAAUCCGACCAAAUUAUCUCUCGGAGAUUCACUCUCGCGACGCGAAAACCGGAAAAAUUGCUCGUCAUGCAAAACAAUUAUUUUUUGUUCAUCAGGAGUUAGUUGGAGCUGAUAAGAAAAUCAUUAAUCCAAAAGAUUUUCCAGAAUUAUACCCAAAUAGAGAAUCCCGAAAAGCAAGCGAGAAUAAAUAUGAAAAACAAAAAAACCCAAAGUACGAAAGUUCUAGUAAUUAUGCUGAUCAAGGAGAUGACAAAUAUAUCCCCUUGUGGCAAAGAAGAGCUGCAGCACCAGGAAUGAUCGAUUAUCCCUCACAAAAGAGCAUAUUGGCCGAUUUAAAAAAAGACAAUGCACUUGAAAAGUAUGGCUCAAAAGUGAUUGAUAUUGUUCGUGUAUUGGAUGAUGAAGGUGUGUCGAAUUUGUCAAUAAUAGACGUAAGAAAUAAAUGUGAUUGGACAGAUUGGAUGAUUGUUGGAGAAGGAAAAGGACCAAGACAUCUAGGCGGUCUAGUGGACGGUGUAUAUAAAAUGUUAAAAGAUAAAUUGCAGCAACGCACUGAAAAAACAGAUCCAACCGGAUCACUAAUCGAUAAUUAUCCUAUUAUAGAAGGACGAGAUUCCGAGGAUUGGAUGUUGAUUGAUUCUGGUUCAGUAAUGGUACAUUUAUUCACUGAGGAAGCACGUGUUCGUUAUGAUUUAGAGGGACUUUGGGCAAGCGUUCCCGAGACAGGAAAACAAUCAACCAUUGAAGGAAUUUUGAGUAUGAAAAAAGAAUUUGAUGAUUCGCAAAUGAAACCAAAAAAAAUACAUCUCCACAAAUAA